AUGGUGGUCUUUUACAUAUGUGAAGAAAUUAAUCAAAUGAGAUUAGAGGGGAAGUCGUACUUCACAGAAUGGAUGACCCUGUUUGACUGGUCAGGCCUGUUGCUUAUCCUGUGUAUAAUACCCUUACGGUACACGCAAAGUAAAGCCCAGUGGCUUGUGGCAUCUUUAGCUUUCUUGUUCAACUUCCUGAGGAUCUUUAAGUUUUCUUGCCUGACAAGGACAACCGGAUUAUACACAAAAACCUUGGCUAAGAUCAUUUUGCACGAUGUGACAAGAUCCAUGGCGGUUUUUAUUGUUAUCUUUUUUUCCUUCUGUGGUGCUUUGUCUUUAUCGCUCUGUUACUCCGAUGAAAACCAACAGUUUAGUGACUUCGGAGAUGUGUUAUUGAGUGGCUUUCGCGCGCUCUCUGAACAAAGACCAAUUGCUUACGAUUAUUCAAAUUUCAACUGGCUCUCCAUUCUGUUAAUGAUGGCCUACAUGGGGAUCGUGAUAGUGAUUCUACUCAACAUUCUCAUUGCACAAAUGAGUACGACCUACACACAGGCCAAGAAAGUCGCCCGUCUGGAAUAUGAUGUGGAUCGUAUUCUACAACUCACACGCAUGGAGAGAUUUCCUUUUCUGAAUCUGCGCGUGAAGUAUUACAAAGAGGGAGACUGGAUCAGUGAAAUGAAACUCGCCCAAGAUCUUCUUGAAUUCAGUGAAGAUCGCAGCCCUUGGGAGUCGGUGGAAGAGAAACUUACUGCGAUUCGGGAUAUGAUGACGAAGAUGGUGAAACAGAUGAGGCCUGGAAUCAGAUGA